AUGGCUGUUAAUAGUUCAGAUAUAUUCACUGCAAUUCUAUAUUCUAAUGGUCCAUCCUUUACAAUUAUCACGUCAAAGAAUGCCAAGCAGGCUCCAACAUCUCAAUCUCAAUCCCAUACUUUAGAUAAAUCAGAAAAAAUCGUAGAAAUUCAACAUCAUCCCCAUAUUAGUAAUAUUUUAUUAAUUAUGCUUGAAGGAAAAAUACUUACGUUUAACAUAGCGACCAAAUCUGGCCGAAAUCUUGUAAUCGAUGAAUCAUCCCAAUCAUCUUUCCAUAAACUGCUUCCUUCUUUAACAAAUGACAACGAAAUUACAGUUUAUGGUCAAGACUCGUCACUCAGUAUCUAUAUCUGUAACGAAGACUACAUUUUUACAAAAUCAGGAACAAUAAAAUUGAAAAGAGAGCUGUUUGACUUAAAAUCGAAGUAUUUACCACUAUCCGCUGCAUGUAACCGUGCACUUCCCGAGCGAUACAUCGCGUUCUCUCCAUCAAAUGGCUUAGUUAUGUUUGCCAUAAAAGAUGAUAUACCUUACGUCAUCGCGCAGUCUCAAAUUAUACCACAGAUACCAACCUGUUACGAUUUCUACGACGGAAUCCUUGCUUUCGGCACUCCAACCGGAAAGAUAAUUUUCGCAGACGUUUCAGAAGGGAAAUACACACAGAACUACCUUGCAUCCAGCACAUCCAUUGAAAAGAUCAAGUUCCUUACCAAAGAUGUCCUUCUGUGGUACUCAAAAACCGAGUGUGGAUCAAUAAAUCUUCCCAAGCGCCAAGUUAUUCCAAUCCACACUCGCCUUGGCCCUGCCACAGACCUAAUAUGUUCAGAGGAGCUCGGCGUUUUCGUCCACGGCAAAUACGACCUUGGUAUUUUUUAUGAUGUCAAACAAAAGCCGAUGACUCUUCAAACAUCCAUCACCGCUGUUGCAGUCCAAGUAUCCAGAAUACCAGCAACAUGUUUCCAAGGCGAUACUCCCAAUUUCGCCGUAUUAUUAUCUACCGGAGAAAUCCAAGUCUACACAUACAAGAACGGCAUAGCACAGAUGCCUGUUCUGAGGCUGCGUAACUCACGGGAGAACUCCAGGACAACUUGUCUUGCUUGGAAAGGCGAUUGCAUCAUAACUGCUGACACAGACGGCGUAAUUAUGUUUUACGACUUUGCUUUCGGUACAUCGAAGCAAACAUACUCUCCUUUCAUCGACAUAGACAGGAUAGAGUUCGAGAGAUCAUCCAGCGGAUUGUACGUACACGCGAGAGACGGAAAAUUUGGUUUUUCACUUGAAAAAGUGGAAAGUUGUCCUUUUUCUGUUUCCUCAUUCGCUGUAACAGGAAAUGGACUCGUCCUCGUCUCCCCGCUCAAUGACGAAGCCGUGAAAUUCGUUAUUGCAAGAGACUGGAGAUCUGUAAAAAGAAUCACUUCACCUGCCCUCUUAAAACCGCUAAAAACCGCCCAGCAACGGUUAGAGCUUAUGGGUGAGCAAUUAUUAACGAAUCCUACUACAGGAACAUGGUCAGAAGCACUUCAAAUAGCUGAGAUAGCUAAUGACCAUGGAUUUCCAACUGAUUCCAUUAUUUGGAAGUGUGUUUCACGUAGUUUGGGAGGUCCGAGGUUGCAAGCACGACAUUCCAUGUUUGGAGGGAAAGAAGAAGUUGUUUCCGCGUUGAGGAUUCAAUCUUCUCUGUUUUCUCCUGCAGAUACUCCGAUUUCUGCCAUUUUCAACUUGUUGUUCAAGUUCAGAAUGGGUGAUAGAAGAGGAGCUGUCGAAGUUUUCAAGAGUCUCUCCAACAAAAGCGAGUUCACAAUAGUGGCAAGCAUUUGUUCGGCGUUGCUUCUGUGA